ACCGCGAUCGUGGAACACAUGGCUGAUCUGCCUCGAAUAACUGCAAGCCGGUGCGUGCGUAGUGCCGUGGAGAACGAUCAGAAGUCCUGGACGACAAAGAAAAAAAACUUCAAAGCUGCUUCUAGUAGUGGUGCCCCUGGUGUGCACCUUUACCCCAAAUGUCUGCACCUUUGCCUACCGCUGCCUCUGCGAACCCCGCUCCUGGACAACAGCUGGGAGGCUCUGUGUUUAAACGCGUGCACCUUGGACGUCAUGCUCCUGCCUCUGCAAGCCCUUUUGCUGGACGCCAUGGAAGGCCCUCCACUCGAAAGUGUGCACCUUAGACUACACGCUCAUCAAUACCAAGUUCUCUGUCCUUCUCGGCAUGAUUGUAGUGCCAUAUAAUAGUGAGGCAAUAAAUCAUUUUUGCUGGUCA